AAUUAACCACAUUUCUUUUAGAGCGGCAUCAUGGCGUCAUUAGCCAGCUAAACAGAUUUACAGUAUUUGAAGAAAGGCAGGGUUAUCUGACGGUUCAUCUAUAACAAUUAAGCGUCAUAAGUUUGAUUGUCAUUAUUUUAACUCAAGUAAUGAAAAAUACACAUAUUUUCGACAAAAAAUAAGUUAUGGAUAUAUGCAACGGGAGAAGGCGAAAAAUAAGAACCCCAAGAAGUCUGAGGGCUUACAAAAGGCUGGUUGAAGCACAGAACGCUACCGCCAGCAUGACGAAGCGGGAGGUGAAACGAGAGGUGUGCAAAGUCCUGAGGUCGCUAGCGGUAGAGAACAACAACGUGGACAUCGAUGUCCCCAUGGAGGAGCACUGUUUCUCUAUGAACUUUAGUAAGAACGAGAACCUCGAGGAGCAUGCCAUGAUUAUGGCACCACGUUACAGUCUGUUGCGAGAGGUCGGAAGGGGCAGCUAUGGGGUAGUGUUCGAGGCAAUUGCACGGAGGACAGGGGCAAGGGUAGCAGUUAAAAAACUCCAGUGUAACGCUCCUGAAAAUGUGGAACUCGCUCUGUCAGAAUUCUGGGCUUUGGCAAGCCUGGAGAAGAAGCACGAUAAUGUGGUGCAGCUCGAGGAAUGUGUGCUACAAAGGAAUGGAAUGGCCCAGAAAAUGAGUCAUGGAAAUAAAAGGUCAAAACAAUACCUGCGGUUGGUGGAGACUUCACUAAAAGGUGAGCGAAUUCUGGGCUACCCGGAGGAGCCGUGCUACCUAUGGUUCAUCAUGGAGUUCUGCGAAGGCGGGGACCUGAACCAGUACAUCCUUUCGCGACGGCCCGAUCCGCGCACCAACAAGAGCUUCAUGCGCCAGCUGACCAGUGCCGUGGCUUUCCUGCACCAGAACAACAUUGUGCACCGCGAUCUCAAGCCCGACAACAUCCUCAUCUCCCAGAAGUCAGGGUUGCCGGUCCUCAAAGUGGCUGACUUCGGCCUCAGCAAGGUCUGCGCAGGCUUGGGCAAAGAUGGCAAUGAGCACCCCAAAGCUGGAGGCGACAGAAACAACGUGAACAAGUUCUGGUUGUCGUCAACAUGUGGCUCAGACUUUUUCAUGGCGCCCGAGGUGUGGGAGGGCCACUACACGGCCAAGGCUGACAUCUUUGCCCUGGGAAUCAUCAUCUGGGCCAUGCUGGAGCGGAUCACCUUCAUCGACGCCGAGUCCAAGCGCGAGCUGUUGGGCACCUACGUGCGUCGGGGCACUGAGAUUGUGCCAGUGGGUGAGGCGCUCCUGGGGAACCCCAAGAUGGUGCUCCACAUCCCGCAGAAGACACGCAGCACCAUGUCUGAGGGGGUGAAGAAGCUUCUGCAGGACAUGCUUGCGGUCAACCCCCUGGACCGGCCCGACGCCUUCCAACUGGAGGUGCUGGUGAACCUAGUCACGUGUGCUGCGUGACACCGCUCCCCUCCCAUUCCCCUUUCCAAACCAUGGCCAGUCUGCUUUUUUUACCAGAUGUUUACUAACUCAAUGUGGGAUCCCAAGUCUGUACAGAGGUGGAAAAAGGGACUCUGAUCAUCUCUGAACUUUAAAACCUCUGUGAUUGAGGUCAGCACUUAAAAAAUCAGGACACCAUCUUAGGAAAAUCUAUGCAAUCAAAUCGUAUGGAAAGUCAGGUUCUAUCCCCGCAUCUUCUAUUUUAAAUUUGGAACGUUGUCACCAAAAGCCGAACGACAAUCACCAAUGUGUGAUGGUCAGCUAUGCCAGAACACACCUUGCACACCUGGUUUGAAAGGCCUGAAGGAGUAAUCAUGAUUAUGUUAUGUUUAUAUUUCAUGUGCUGGUCUUCAAAAUACAUUUUUCUCAAUGUUUUUUCUUUGGUCCAGUUAUGGACUGGUUCUUCCUUCUCCUCCAAUGUUGACAUGUGUUGUUGGAUGGGGCCACAGGCUAGUAUGAAUGGAUAAUCUGUCAUGUAUGGACUGAGAGGCUAACAUGUUGCACUGUGGACCCUCUAUGCCAGAGGUUUAAAAAGUAUUCCUAAAAUGACCGAUGAUAAUGAUGUAGAAGGGACUCAAUUUGUAUCAUAGAAUUUGUUCUAGGAUGGACAUGAACGUUCUUAUGAUGGGAUAAAUGUCAGACAUUUUGGUCAGGGAGUUGGUCAACCAUGGUUUGACAGUACUAUGAUAAAUUAUAUUUUCAUAAUAUCUUAACUGCACUGCUGACAAACACAGUGCAGAUACAAUAACGUAUCUGCACUGUGUCUGUUUAUUAGCUAGCCAGCCAGAUUUAGACCACUUUUUAAGCAUUUAUGGAAUAAUUUAACUGCCAAUAAUUACCCUUGCCCACGCCCCACAAACAACAAACAUUCUUCUCCAACCUCCCCCCCCCGAAAAGCUGCUGUGUUGUUCAAUGUACAUGUAACCAGAUCUGAAAUCCCGACCUACGGUUGGUAAUGCUCCCACGUAGGGAAAUAGAGCCCUGAGGCUUCAGGCUAUUCGGCGUGGGAAAUGUGGGGACCCAGUGUCCAGGUAGGCUACACGUAUCUGUGUGUGGAAAACAUUUCAUCACAGGUAAGACAUGUAACUUGUUCAGUGUAGGUUGUUUGUAACACCACUCACUACUUGUAGCUGUAUAGUCCCUUUGUUUGUGUUGUUAGUGAGAACACUCUGGAUCAGGCAAUGUUGAAAAGUCAUCUUUAGACGUGUACUUUGCAUAAAUUUAAUGUUGUAAUUGACGAAAACAAGCAGACAAAAAUAAAAUUGUUUGAAAAAGG